CUCCCUGAUCCGGUAUGCCUGGGUGCAGCUUUCCCUGCAGCUUGUCAGUGCUGCUAGGAGCAUCUGUCUCAAAGGGGUCCUGGGGAGUUGUUGGAAGCCCAUGCAUGGCUGCUGCCCAUGGCAGGUCCAGCAAAUGAGAACUGAAAGCGAACCUACCACACUGCAAGCUCCUACAAUCUUCCGAGUGCCAGCUCUGCUAUCUAGAUUGAGCUGCCACAUGGCAAUUUCCUUCCACAUCGAAAGUCCCCAACAUCUGCAGUUCUUCAUUUCUCCAGCUUCUUGUUGCAGUGAUAAAUGGAUGACGUGUUCCACCCCAGAGCUGGCUGCAUUUUGGGGAUUGGCAGAAAUUCCCACAUAUCCCACUAGCAAAGGGCUCCUGGAUUCUUCAGAAUGAGAAGUGUGACUUCUCUCAGUCAGGAAGGAGCAUUGGAAACUUCUGGGCAACUUGAAGACAACAGUGGAGGGUUUGGUGUCCACCAACAACCCGAAUGUUUGGUCCAAGUAUGGCGGCUUGGAGCGGCUGUGCAGAGACAUGCAUAGCAUCCUCUUCCAUGGGCUCAUCCACGAUAAGGUGUACUGCAGGCAGCAGGAUUACUGGCAGUUUGUGAAGGAUAUCCGCUGGCUGAGCCCCAACUUUGCUCAUCACGUGGAGGAGUUCAUCAGCCUGCGUGAGGAUGACCUGCAAAAUGCCGACAGCCUCAGCGACCAGGCCCCAGCGAAGCGAUGGCUGCAGCGCAGCCUGCAGUUCCACUGCCUCUCCGCCCAGUUGAAGCCUCUGCUGGGGAACAGGCAGUACAUCAGGAAAUUUUACACAGACACUGCCUUCCUGCUGAGCGAGGCCCAUGUCACAGCCAUGUUACAGUGCCUCGAGGCUGUGGAGCAAAACAACCCCCGGCUCCUGGCUCAGAUCGACACGUCCAUGUUCGCCAGGAAGGGUGAAGCUCCAUUGCAGGUGACCAAGAGCCAGAGCCUGACCGCACUCCCUGGGUCUGUGGCAGUCAUCCCCGUGGACUACCCCUCGCAUCGGUACUUCGGGUCCUUCUCCAGCCUGCACCAGACAGCCACCACAGGCACCUCGGACAGGAGACUGGCGAGCUCCUCGGUGGGAAGCGGCACCAGCCAGCCUCCAGAGAGCUCCCUGCACGACUUGCCCUCCUCGCUGCCGCACGACCAAUCCCCUCUGGGCCAGCCUGGCCCCCUUCCCAGCCUCAGCACUCCCUCCUCCAAGGACUUGUCCUCUCCGGCCAGUGAGAUGAGUGCCAGCACCACGACCGGCCAAAGCGAGGACACCUGGGUGGGCAGCCAGGACGACCAGCAGAGCGACGCCAAUGACGGGCCGGAGUACCUGGCCAUCGGGAACCUGGGACGCCGGGGCCGGGCGGCCAGCAGCCAGAGCAGCUCAAGCAGCAGCAAGAGCAGCAGCUCUCCCCUCUUCUCAUCCAGCAGCUCUCAGAAGCCGGAGUCAGUGUGCUCCUUGGGGGAGCAGGGGCCCAGCAGUUGCACCAGGACCAUGGGCAUUCUGCGCAGGUCCAGCUUCUCGGAGGGGCAGACGACGGCCACACAGGGGAUCCCCAAGAAGAGUCACGCACGCUCCCAGUCGGAUACCAACGUGGCCUCAGGGAGAGCUCAUGUAGCUAAUAGGACAGACAAGCUGUGCUGCAGCCAGGCUCUUCCAUUCUGCCCGCUUGUCCCUUUCCUGCUUCCCCAUUGCUGUUGGGAGAAACCGCCCUCGGAGACCAGCCCAGAAUCGCAUGGGGACAUUUUGCGAGUCCGAGGCCCCUUGUGCUGCUCCCCCCAGGGCAGUGACGUGAGCACACCCAGCUCCCUGUACAUGGAGCAUGAAUCCAGCCAGUACCUGAGUUCGGGAGAAGGGAUGUUCCGAAGACCCUCGCAGGGGCAGUCCCUCAUCAGCUACCUGUCAGAGCAGGACUUUGGCAGCUGUGCGGACCUGGAGAAGGAAAAUGCCCACUUCAGCAUCUCAGAGUCGCUGAUUGCAGCUAUUGAGCUGAUGAAAUGCAACAUGCUGAGCCAGCAGCUGGAGGAGGAGGAGGAGGAGAGCGAUAAGGAGAUCCAGGAGCUCAAGCAGAAGAUCCGCAUCCGGCGCCAGCAAAUUCGUACCAAACAUCUGCUCCCUGGCUACCGGGAAAUGGGCUCUGAUGGCUUUAUGGCUACAGACAGUGGGUCCCAGUUCAGCUCCCGUGACUCCAUGCGGCUCUCAGACUCGGGCUCUGCGGAGGAAGUUGAGGAGUACGAGAUACAAGAUGGUAGCGAUGGAUCUAACCUGAUUCAAAUGUCCAAGAACGGGCUCUCGGUGUCAAUGGCUUCCCUAUUCUCAGAUGCUGACAUCAAGAAGAGCAUGCCAGCUGCCCGGAAAUCCUUCCUCUCCUCGGAGUCUGUGUCCUACACCUUCCUGCAUUCAAACUCAGCCGAGGCGGUGGCAAUGGGCCUGCUGAAGCAGUUUGAAGGCAUGCAGCUCCCGGCCGCAUCCGAGCUGGAGUGGUUGGUCCCGGAGCACGAUGCCCCUCAGAAGCUCCUGCCCAUCCCGGACUCGCUGCCCAUCUCUCCCGAUGACGGAGAGCAUGCUGACAUCUACAAGCUGCGCAUUCGGGUCCGUGGGAACCUGGAGUGGGCACCUCCCCGGCCCCAAAUCAUCUUCAACGUCCACCCUGCCCCAACGAGGAAGGUGGCCGUGGCAAAGCAGAAUUACCGGUGCGCCGGCUGUGGUAUCCGGACAGACCCUGAUUACAUCAAGCGGCUGCGGUACUGCGAGUACCUGGGCAAGUACUUCUGCCAGUGUUGCCACGAGAACGCGCAAAUGGCCAUCCCUAGCCGCAUCCUGCGCAAGUGGGACUUCAGCAAGUACUACGUCAGCAACUUCUCCAAGGACUUGCUGGGCAAGAUCUGGAGUGACCCGCUCUUCAACGUGCAGGACGUCAACGCAGCGCUGUAUCGCAAGAUCAAACCCCUCAACCAAGUCCGGCUCCUGAGGGUCCAGCUGUUCCAUAUGAAGAACAUGUUCAAGACCUGCCGCCUGGCAAAGGAGCUCCUGGACUCUUUUGACGCGGUGCCCGGCCACUUGACGGAAGACCUCCACCUCUACUCCCUCAACGACCUGAGCACCACCAAGAAGGGGGACCUUGUUCCCCGCCUGACGGAGCUCAUGAAGGCCGGGGCUCUGCAUGUUGAGAGAUGCAUGCUGUGUCAAGCCAAAGGCUUCAUCUGUGAGUUCUGCCAGAACGAGGACGACAUCAUCUUCCCCUUUGAGCUGAACAAGUGCAGGACGUGCGAAGAGUGCAAGGCCUGCUACCACAAAUCCUGCUUCAAGGUGGGGCCCUGCCCCAAGUGUGAGCGGCUCCAGGCCCGGAGGGAGCUGCUGGCCAAGCAGAGCUUGGAGUCGUGCACCUCAGACUGCGAGGAGGAGCCGGAGCCGGAGCCACGGGAGGCAGCAGCCGCCACGUGAGGAGGGAGCAAAGCCAGCAGGCAUGCAGGGCCUCCGGCUGCAGGGACCGACUGACAGAUUGGAAGUGACUCACUGCACUGCCCCGCAGGGCUGAGACACGGGGACCUCGAGCACCAGCCCCCAGUGCUGGCGGGACCAGCUCUGCCUCACGGGCAGUGUUGCUUUUCUCCGUGGGUCGUGGUCCAGUAGAUGGGAUAGGGGGGGUUGUUCCAGGUGCUGGCGAGUCCCAGCCUUGCCCCACGUGCAGCCUGGGCCUCAGUGAAGGAGCAACAGCCCUACACCCCCUCCCUGUUAACCCUUUGGCAGCAGCUUCUACCCAGAGCCUGUCUCGACUCCACGUGCUGCUGGACCAGCUGCGCCUUCAGGGCUUUGCGGAGGCCUCUCUGCUGCCCUCCCCUGCCCUUUGCUGCUGUGGGUUUUCUUCACAAGAACCUUCCUUACCGCUGGGAUGCUGUGAACAGUGCCUCGGCCAGUCUGCAGCCCUGCUUUUGACUUCUGAGACUCUCCCCUGCUCAUGGGGCCUUCCUAGCAGCGACCUCUUUCCCUGCUGGUUAUCCCGAGGCAGAUCUGAGCCAGCUGCAGGCUCCAUGUUGGGAUUAGCUGGCUCCUCCAGAGCUAGUCGGCUCCUCGGGACGUGCCUGGGCUAUAGUGGGGUGAGAGGGGCUCCCAAAGGAUGGCAGGGGGCAGGGCCCAUCUGCUGCUUCGGAGAUUCCCCUCGCUGCCCAGGGUGUUGACAGGCUGCUCUUGGGGUGAGGAGCUGCAUGGACCCAGGGGAGGGAAGACGGGGAAGUUUGUGAGGGUGGGCUGAGCUGCUGCGUCCUUCCAGACAAGAAGCCUUCUGGGUCCCCAUCUGAGCUCUCACCCAGGGAUCGGGAUCAGCCAGCACCCAAACCCCAGGUGCCAGCUUCCUGCUCUCCCCCAGCUCGGCCCUCUCCAGGAAGUCCGGGCAGGAGGAACUAUGCCUGCUGUGGUGCCAGCCCCACGUGGAAGCAGCCCAACGUUGCAUGGCAUGUGGAGAUGGUGUCAGGACAGUGUGGGUGUGGGGGUGACUUGUGCCCACCCCCUCCUCUCCCUGCCACAGCUGCGAGGGCAUUGCUUCUUGCUGGGUGAUGCGCUGCGCUACGCUGGGGCAGUCUGGCAGGAUGGCCACAGUGCCAGGCAGCGGAGGUGCACCCCAGCUGGUUCCUGACCCCAUCAUUGAGAUCUGAACCCAGCUCCAGGCCUCCACCCUGAUGCUGUGCUCCCUCCACCCUGGAUGCCCUCAUGGGCACACAGGGCUGUUAGCAGCAUCUCUCCAGCGACAGUGGACAGGACCAGCUGCCCAUCACCCUCCAGAGCCUGCAUCUUCAGCUGCAGUGCCCCCGUCCCGUCCUCUUCUUUCAGCCUCAUUUGCUGGGUCAUUUUAAUUGUCCUGAUCUUAGAUUUAAGUUUAUGAUUAUUUUUUACCACAGUUCAUUAGGGACAGGGCAUCUUUUAAUGACCUGUUCCCAUUGACUCUCACUGCCCAGCACAGAGGUGCAUCUCCUGGGAUUGGCGUAGCUGUCCUGUCCAGCACAGACCUGUACGGGGCUUACUACCACCAGUCCGUGAAACAGGCUCCAUGUGCGUAUGUCCCUAUUUUUGUCGCUGUCUGUGCUGGGUGUAUGCUCAGAACCAGCCUUGACCAGUUGGAAAGCCCCUGGCACUGGAGGUCUGGAGCUGGGAUGGGGGAAGAUGAAAUGGGUUCCUACUGCCACUUGUUUGCUCCUCCCUACAACAGCUCUGCUCUGUACAGGCCUGGAGAGACUGCUCGUGGCUGCAUGCAUCUCGUGGGGGCAUCUGCACGGCCGCAGGGAGCUUUGGCCUUGGGCAUUGAGCAAGGUGAUUGUGCACGUGACGGAGGUGAGGGUCAGUGUGUCGUCUGGAAGUGUUGGUGCAGGGUGAGAUCUGGGACUGUGCCCUGGCUGUGCAGCUGGUGCUUUGGGCUGAGGACCCUGUCCUGCAGGCUCAGCUCCAUGGGCAGCAGUGGCACGUCCCUGGGUGGGAAGGCAGGCUGAAGGUAGCUGUGAAGGACCGAGGCUGGUGCAUUCUCUUGGGGCAGGGGAAGGCUGGCUGUGUGGCUGCUUUGGCUUGAAAGAGGAAAUUGAGAAGGGAACCCCCCCACCCCAACCCCACGGGCCAUGGGCAGGUUGCUUUGCUCUCUAUACCCAGCAGAAUUGUCCCCCUGCAGUGAUUGAACUAGAGCUGUAGUGCCGUCCAGCUGCAGCCUGGCAGGCGGGGGAUGCUCUUGCAGGGAGGGGAGAUGAGCUUGGGUUGGACACAGCGGGGGGUCACGCAGGGCUCUGGGUGCCCUGAUGCGUCCGCAGGGGCACACAAUGACAGCGGGGUGUUUCCUGCACAGGUCCACGGGGUGGAGAGUGGGCCCAUGUGAGAGUUAAAACACAAGAGGGAAGGCCUUAGAGUAGCACCAAUGCCCCCUUGUCAACCAAACAGCUGCGAUGCUACCGUCCAGGGUACUCAGCGCAGCCUGAAACUGCCCCCUCGCACGCGCCUGGCCGGCAAGUGACUUCUGCACAGGCUGCUGUCACGCUUGGCUCUGAACACCCAGCCCUGGGGGCCUUGCAGCAGCCAUGUCCCCAGCUCCACCGUCCACCGGUGCCCAGGAGUUGCCCCUGCUCUCAUCCUCCAAGCCGAGCAGCGGUCUUGCUGCUGACACCGGCCGGGUCUGGCCGCCCAGAAGCUCUGGAUGCUGACACUGUCCCACAGGCUCUGCCACGCGGUGACUGGCCCUCCCAUGGACACCGACAGCUCCUCCGGCAGCAGCCACGCCUGGGCCGAACCUUGCACUACUGGCCAGCUCGGUUAGGGCUGAGCCCACAGAUGAGCUGUGCCAGCUCAGACAACGUCCCUCCAAAACUUGUUCAAAGCACUUUAAUCCUUUGAGGCACUGCUGGGGUGACUAAGCCUCUCGACGGCCAUUUCUAGAAGCACUGAUUACCGUCCGACACAGUGAAUGGAUCCGGGGUAUUUCCCCCUUCCCCUCCUUGAUAGGGAUUUCUGGAAGAGGGGUUUUUCUGGACACAGUGGAGGGUCUUACAAUUAUGCACAACACUAAUGAAGCUGUUACUGACCCAUUUGCCAAGGUAGGACAGUAUUUACCCCUACAUGUAACACUGCCCGCCGUGAGUUGGCAUGUUGGAUUUGUGUGUGUAGGGAGAAGGGUGGUGCUGUGCUGUACACAGGGUAGAAUGGGAUUGCUGCCCACUAUGGUAUGACACGGCCUACCUAUGACCAUGCCAUCCCUAAUAAACUAAGUUAAUGAAAAACA